AUGCCGUCACAUCAUCACAAGAAGAAGAAGCAUAAGAAGCAACAGAACCAACCAUCCGGAUACGGAAAUUGCAAGGAAGAUGUUGGAAAAGCUUCAGAACAGGGCAAUGGAGCUGAUGAUGUGAAGGAAGACGAGACAUCUUAUUUAGUCAAACGUUCGGAACAGGUUGGAAGAUAUCUCGUUGCUGCACGUGACCUCAAAGCGGGUGAAGUCAUCAUCGAAACACCACCACUCGUUGUGGGUCCCUGUGCGGAAACUGAACCAGUCUGUUUGGGUUGUCACAGUUCCUUCACACCGGGAAGCGUUGUGCACAGAUGUGACAGCUGUAACUGGCAACUGUGUGCUCCAGACUGCCACGGUCUUAGUAGUCACCGGCAACUUGAAUGCAUUCCACUGCGGGAUAAAGCUGUCCACAAGCUGCUCCAAUCGUCCACUCCCGUCCAGGUGAAGCUGAUGUACGAGGCUGUACUUACACUACGCUGCAUGCUGUUGAAAACCAUCGAUCCCGCCAAUUAUGAUCGCUUGCUGGAUAUGGAUCCUUUGAAUGACGUGCGGCACCAGAUACCGAAGCUGUGGAAUCGUAAUCAGAAAGAGAUAGUGCAACGAAUCCGAAGCGAGUGGGGAUUCGCCGAAGACUACACCGAACAGGAACUUCACACUAUCUGCGGCAUCAUCGAGGUUAACGCGUUCGAGGUCGGCCAAGAUCCAAUCAAGGCUCGUGCACUCUUUCCGAAAGCUUGUCUGCUCAUGCACGACUGUACACCAAACACCGGCCACACGGAUGAACUUCAAACACACCACUUAACCGUGCGAGUCCUAAGAUAUGUGAAGGCAGGUGAACCACUUACACUGACCUACGCACACAUCCUCCAAGGAACGCUCAAACGACGCCAGCAUUUAAAGGAGGAAAAGUUUUUCGACUGCAACUGUCGUCGCUGUACCGAUGCUACCGAGCUUGGCACGUACUGUAGUGCCUUUCGAUGUAGUAAAUGCCGAAGAGGACUCAUCCUGCCGGUGAAUCCACUCAAUCAAGAAUCGGAAUGGCGCUGUCACCAAUGCUCAAACAGUCUGUCCUGUGAGUCGGUUAUACUGCUGCUCGAAAAGCUAUCCCAACAGCUCGAAAGCAUUUGUAGUAAUGAUGUUGGUGGAUUGGAAUCAUUCCUACACACGCAGAGCACGGUACUGCACGCUAAUCACUAUCUGCUAUUAUCGGUCAAGCAUUCGCUCUGCGAACUGUACGGUAAGAUAGAAGGAUACCUUAUACCACAGCUCAGUCAGGAGCAGCUGAAGCGCAAAGAAACACUCUGCCGUGAUUUGCUCGAGGUAGUGGAUCAGCUGGAGCCUGGAUUGAGCAGACUGCGAGGUACCAUCAUGUACGAGAUGCAUGUCCCACUGUUGAUAGAGGCAGGCCAAUUGUUUCAGGGUGGUGUUAUACAGCGAACGGAGCUACGCCGUCGGUUGAAGGAAGUGCAACGACUUUUGUCCGAAAGUGAACGGAUAUUGUCACUAGAACCGGAAGGUUCGCCUGAGUAUGGCAUAGCAGAAGCGGCUAGGGAUGCUCUUAAGAAUAUGGGCGAUGUAUAG